GUUCUUGUUUUUUCUUUUCAGUACUGGUUUAUGUAAAAACUGGAACUACAUUGCAUAAACCUAAGAAAACAUAUGAAUCAGGUUUCUGUAUUCAUUUCUUGUCCUCUGUCUUCUUGUCAGCAAUAAAUGGAAGAAGAUUGAAUUUUUCUUUCACUUUUUUUCUCUGUUGUCUGUUCCUUGAUAGAAUUUAAAUUAGCAUUUGCAGGAUAGAGAUGGGUUUCUUUUCUUUCAUGUAUUGAUGGGUUCAAACUUAAAAUAUUUGGUGUUGUAUUACUUCUUUUCGGUUUGAAUAUGAGUAUGGUUUUCUAUUGUUGCAGGGAAUUGGGUUAGCACAAAACUCUAUCAAACACCCUCUAGUUGUUUCUAGCAAAAGAAAAUAUGAGUUUGUAAUGUGGCCUUGCAAUUGAAGAUUUGUGAAAUAGGGACUGAAUAUGGCUUUUGAGCCGUUAAUUUGGUAUUGUCAGCCUGUGGCAAAUGGGGUAUGGACCAAAGCAGUAGAUAGUGCUUUUGGCUCAUACACACCUUGUGCAAUUGACUCUCUAGUGAUCUCCAUUUCUCACUUGGUUCUCCUUGGCCUGUGCUCUUAUCGGAUAUGGCUGAUAAAGAACAAUUCCAAAGCCAUUAGGUAUCGUUUGACGUCAAAUUAUUACAAUUACAUGUUGGGAUUGUUGGCUGGUUAUUGCACUGCUGGACCUUUAUUAAGGUUGAUGAUGGGGUUUUCAAUCUUUAACCUGGAUGGACAGACUGGUUUUGCUCCUUUUGAGAAAAUUUCUUUGAUCAUUGAGGCUGUUGCUUGGUGCUCCAUGCUGGUAAUGAUUGGCCUGGAAACUAAGAUUUACAUUCGGCAAUUUCGGUGGUUUGUACGGUUUGCAGUCAUCUAUGUUUUGGUAGGGGAUGCUGUGCUGCUCAAUCUUAUUCUUUCAGUGAGCAGUUACUACAGUAGAUCUACACUGUAUUUGUACAUAAGUACAGUUUGCUGCCAGGUGUUGUUUGGAAUUCUUCUUGUUGUUUAUGUUCCUAAUCUGGAUCCUUAUCCGGGUUACAGUAUGAUGCAUGCUGAGCCUCUUGACAACUGCGAAUACGAAGCUAUUCCUGGAGAAGAGCAGAUUUGUCCUGAGAGGCAUGUCAAUAUAUUUUCCAGAAUAUAUUUUGGAUGGAUCACUCCACUCAUGCAGCAGGGUUACAGAAAACCUAUCACUGAAAAAGAUAUCUGGAAGUUGGACACAUGGGAUCGGACCGAGACACUUAGUAGAAAGUUCCAGAGAUGUUGGAUUGAAGAAUCUCAAAAGUCAAAACCGUGGCUUUUAAGAGCAUUGAAUAAUAGCCUUGGUGGAAGGUUUUGGCGGGGUGGCUUCUUCAAGAUUGGCAAUGAUCUUUCUCAAUUUGUGGGGCCAGUUCUAUUGAACCAACUCUUACAGUCCAUGCAACGAGGGGAUCCAGCUUGGAUUGGUUACAUCUAUGCCUUCUCAAUUUUCGCUGGGGUGUCACUUGGUGUGCUAUGCGAAUCUCAGUAUUUUCAGAAUGUUAUGCGUGUUGGUUUUCGGCUGAGGUCAACUUUGGUGGCUGCAAUUUUCCGCAAGUCUUUAAGACUAACACAUGAGGGUCGCAAGAAUUUUUCCUCUGGAAAGAUAACCAAUAUGGUGACGACUGAUGCUAAUUCACUUCAGCAAAUAUGUCAACAACUUCAUGGAUUAUGGUCAGCUCCAUUUCGUAUUGUUGUAGCUAUGGUACUUCUUUACCAGCAACUAGGUGUAGCUUCACUUCUGGGAUCAUUAUUGCUAGUUCUCAUGGUCCCUAUACAGACUGUUGUGCUUAGCAAAAUGCGGAAACUGACCAAGGAAGCACUGCAGUGGACUGACAAGAGAGUUGGCCUCAUGAAUGAAAUUUUGGCAGCCAUGGACACUGUGAAAUGUUAUGCUUGGGAGACAAGCUUCCUAUCUAAAGUUCAAAGCAUAAGGAAUGAUGAGCUGUCAUGGUUCCGCAAAGCACAAUUACUAUCAGCUUUUAACAACUUUAUACUGAACAGCAUCCCAGUUGUCGUAACAGUGACCUCUUUUGGUUUGUUCACUUUGCUUGGUGGGAAUUUGACCCCAGCACGGGCAUUUACAUCGCUUUCUUUGUUUUCAGUGCUGCGAUUUCCUCUGAACAUGCUUCCCAACUUAUUAAGUCAGGUUGUAAAUGCUAAAGUGUCAUUACAACGCUUGGAGGAACUAUUAUUAGCUGAGGAGAGAGUUCUACAACCAAAUCCACCUCUUGAACCUGGGCUUCCAGCUAUUUCUAUCAAGGAUGGGUACUUUUCAUGGGAUUCAAAGGCAGAUAAUGCCACAUUAUCAAAUGUCAAUUUGGACAUACCAGUUGGCAGUUUAGUUGCAGUUGUUGGUGCCACCGGAGAAGGAAAGACAUCACUAAUAUCGGCAAUGCUAGGGGAGCUGCCACCUGUGGGAGAUUCAAGUGUUGUUAUCAGAGGAACUGUCGCCUAUGUACCUCAAAUUUCAUGGAUUUUCAAUGCUACAGUACGUGAAAAUAUAUUAUUUGGCUCAAAAUUUGAACCCACACGAUACUGGAAAGCUAUUGAUGUAACUGCAAUGCAGCAUGAUCUCGACUUACUUCCAGGCCAUGAUCUCACAGAGAUUGGUGAAAGGGGCGUGAAUAUUAGUGGUGGGCAAAAGCAGAGAGUUUCCAUGGCUAGGGCUGUAUAUUCCAAUUCCGAUGUAUAUAUAUUUGAUGACCCUUUAAGUGCUCUUGAUGCACAUGUUGCUCGACAGGUUUUUAAUAGCUGUUUAAAGGAAGAGUUGCGAGGGAAAACCCGGGUUCUUGUCACAAACCAGCUACAUUUUCUGCCUCAAGUGGAUAGGAUUAUCCUGGUCUCUGAAGGCAUGAUCAAAGAGGACGGAACCUUUGAGGAGCUAUCAAAAAAUGGUGUUUUAUUCCAGAAACUAAUGGAAAAUGCUGGUAAAAUGGAAGAACAAGAGGAUGAAAAGGAAGACAACAAAACCUAUGAUCAGAAAAGCACUAAACCAACUGUCAAUGGGCUAGAAAAUGAUUUUCCAAAAGAUGCAAGCCUUAAAAAGAAAGGGAAAGGAGGGAAAUCUGUGCUUAUCAAGCAAGAAGAACGAGAAACAGGUGUUGUUAGCUGGAACGUUUUGAUGAGGUACAAAACUGCACUAGGAGGCAUUUGCGUUGUUAUGAUACUCUUUCUGUGCUAUCUAUUAACAGAAGUUCUUCGAAUUUUAAGUAGCACAUGGUUAAGUUUUUGGACAGAUCAAAGUACUUCUGAGAGUUACAGGCCUGGCUACUACAUUCUUAUUUAUGCCCUUCUUUCAUUUGGCCAGGUUGCUGUGACACUUGCAAACUCCUAUUGGCUGAUCAUUUCAAGUCUUCGUGGUGCCAAAAGAUUGCAUGAUGCCAUGCUACAUUCUAUUCUAAGAGCUCCAAUGAUAUUCUUCAACACUAAUCCAACUGGAAGGAUAAUCAAUAGGUUUGCAAAGGAUCUAGGUGAUAUAGAUCGCAAUGUAGCCAAUUUUAUAAAUAUGUUUAUGGGCCAAGUGUGGCAGCUUAUUUCAACUUUUGUUCUGAUUGGCACUGUAAGCACAAUAUCGCUAUGGUCCAUAAUGCCACUUCUGAUCUUGUUUUAUGCAGCCUAUCUAUAUUAUCAGAGCACAUCCCGUGAAGUGAAACGCUUGGAUUCCAUUACCAGAUCUCCUGUUUAUGCACAAUUUGGAGAAGCGUUAAAUGGUUUGUCGUCCAUUCGUGCAUAUAAGGCAUAUGAUUGGAUGGCCAACAUUAAUGGGAAGUCUAUGGACAAUAAUAUCAGAUUCACUCUUGUGAAUAUUAGUUCAAAUCGUUGGCUCACCAUAAGGUUGGAAACAUUAGGAGGCGUCAUGAUUUGGUUGACAGCAACUUUUGCUGUCUUGCAGGAUGAAAGAGUGGAAAACCGGGUAGCUUUUGCAUCUAAAAUGGGUCUACUUCUCAGUUAUUCUUUAAAUAUAACAAGUCUAUUAAGUGGUGUUCUGAGGCAAGCAAGUAGGGCUGAAAAUUGUUUAAAUUCUGUUGAGCGUGUUGGCACAUAUGUAGAUUUGCCUUCUGAGGCUCCAGCUAUCAUUGAAAGCAACCGUCCCCCACCUGGCUGGCCUUCAUCUGGAUCAAUUGUGUUUGAGGAUGUUGUCAUGCGUUACAGACCUGAACUUCCUCCUGUCUUGCAUGGAUUGUCCUUUACAGUUCCUCCAAGUGAGAAGCUAGGGAUAGUUGGAAGAACUGGUGCAGGGAAAUCUAGCAUGCUUAAUGCAUUAUUUCGGAUAGUAGAAAUAGAAAGAGGACGAAUUUUGAUUGAUGAUUGUGAUAUUGGUAAGUUAGGACUAACAGAUUUGCGGAAAGUUCUUAGUAUCAUACCACAAUCACCAGUUCUUUUCUCAGGAACUGUCCGUUUCAAUAUCGAUCCUUUCAGUGAGCACAAUGAUGCUGACCUUUGGGAGGCCUUAGAAAGGGCAAAUUUGAAGGAUGUCAUCAGGAAGAAUUGUUUCGGUCUGGAUGCUGAGGUCUCAGAGGGAGGAGAAAAUUUCAGUGUUGGACAGAGGCAGCUGUUAAGUCUUGCUAGAGCAUUGUUGCGAAGAUCAAAAAUUCUUGUUCUUGAUGAAGCAACUGCAGCUGUUGAUGUUAGGACUGAUGCACUUAUCCAGAAAACUAUUCGUGAAGAAUUUAAAUCCUGCACAAUGCUCAUUAUUGCUCACAGGCUAAAUACAAUCAUUGACUCUGAUCGAAUUCUUGUACUUGAUGCUGGUCAGGUUUUAGAAUAUGAUACUCCAGAGGAACUUCUAUCAAAUGAAGGAAGUGCAUUCUCUAGGAUGAUCCAAAGUACAGGGCCUACAAAUGCUCAGUAUUUACGUAGCUUAGUAUUCGAAGGUAAAGAAAACCAGUCCAGUCAAGAAGAAACCAAGCAGCUAGAUGGCCAAAGGAGAAGGCUGCCUUUGUCCCGCUGGGCUGCUGCUGCCCAGUUUGCCCUAGCUGUUAGCCUCACUUCUUCCCAAGAUGACCUUCAGAGGUUACACAUUGAAGACAACAACAAUAUACUCAAGAAAACAAAGGAUGCAGUUAUAACACUGCAGGGAGUUUUGGAGGGGAAGCAUGACCAAGUUAUAGAUGAGACACUAAAUCAAUACCAGGUUUCUACAGAUAGAUGGUGGUCUUCUCUCUACAAAAUCAUUGAAGGUCUUGCUGUGAUGAGCAGGUUAGCUCACGACCGGCAUCAACAAUUAGAAUAUGAUUUUGAGGGUAGAUCUUUAGAUUGGGACCAUGUUGAGAUGUUGGAACAAUGACAACAACUUGAUACUUACAAUGUCUUGUUGAUUGAGAGGAGGAAUCAGUAAUAUAGAGUAUAGACAGCUAUAUCUUAUAAUCAUUUAUGUAGAAUAAUAUGUGGCUGUUCCCAAUUAAUGUGUUGAUGUCUUGAUGAUCCAUAUCCAACCCCAGCUUUUGGGAUUAAGGUCUUGUUAAUGUUGUAAACUUUUGGUUAUACAGAUGUUGUUAGCUGGUGCAAUGUUUCAUUAUCAAUCCAAUAAUAUUUGAAUGUAGCUUCUAUGUUUUUCA